AUGAAGACGUCCGCCUUUGCAAUCUGCUCCUCCUCCAACGCCUUGAACCUCUUCGCCGUCCCCGCAUCGUCAAUAACGUCACCACCCCGACGCCCGAACCGCGAACAACAAGCAGCCCCUCGUCCACGACAAAGGCCGUCUUCACGAUGCUACGCAACAGCAACCACCAAUCCCUCUAGCGACGGCAGUAAAAGCUGCCCCGCCUGGCCAAAAACACCUAAUCCAACCCCCUACGAUAUCUUCGCAAUCCAUAAAUCGGCACCUUACACCAAGUCCCGUUUUGCCCAGCUCGUCAAGCAGUACCACCCCGACAAGCAUGCCUCAAACCCUCUCGACACCUUGCCCGCUGCCACUCGUCUAGAACGCUACCGCCUCGUCGUCCUCGCAAAUGACAUCCUCUCUAGUCCAGACAAACGCCGCGCAUAUGACUCGUGGGGCGCGGGCUGGCAUCUACCCGGCACCGGCGCGGACGACACCCGCGAUAUUCACGAGAUGUACCGUGAAGCCGACCGCAGAUGGCGCCACAGCCCGAACAACCCGGGCAUGAAUGCCACCUGGGAAGACUGGGAGAAAUGGCACGACCGGAAUGAGGGCAAGGAGAAGCAGCAGCCCCUGUACAUGUCCAAUGCAAGUUUCGCAGCCCUGGUGCUGGCAGCGCUGGCGGUCGGGACGGUAGCGCAGACGACUCGCAUGGAUAACCACUCUGCGGUCUUUCUCGAAAAGAGGGCGCUCCACGAGGCGAACAUUAGCGAGGGACUGAGGAGGCAGAACGCCGCAGUGGCGGGCAAGGGGCGGGAGGAGAGAAUCGAGAGGUUCUUGCGGGAGAGGGAGAAUAUUAAUUACGGAUUCGCACCGGAGACGAUUGGCGGGAGGCCCAGCCCUGAUACGAAGUAG